UCCUUCCUUUUCCAUUCUAAAAAAGUCUCUUAUAUAUCUAUUUUUAGAAAUGGGAAAUGCAUCAUCAAUCACUCUAUGUUUUAAUCACAACAAAAACUCAUCAUCAUCAUUUGUGAAACUCAUAUUUUGGGAAGGAACAUCAAGAUCAUUGAAAGGAAAACAUAUAGCUGGUGAAAUAAUGUUUGAAUUCCCUGAAAUGAUGGUUUGCCAUGCAGAUUCAUUUUUCAUAGGACAUCCAAUUCCAGUUUUAUCAAUAAAUGAUGAACUCAUGCUUGGUCAAACAUACUUUGUUCUACCUAUUGACCGUUUUGCUAUUGACACCCUCUCCGUAUCUUCAAUCUCAGCCUUUGGAUCUUGCACUAAUAAAUCACCUAUCAAAUUUGGGAAGUGCCCUUUUCAAUAUUUGAAAGGUUCUAAUGGAAGAGUUUUGAUUAAGGUUAUGCCGGAAUUUAUAACUGGUCUUAUCUAUGGUGACAAAUUGGAGAUGAAUAAUGAAAAUACUUUUAGCAACGGUUUUCUUUGUAGUACUCCUGAAUUGAAAAAACAUUAUGAACAACUUGUGAGGUCUAAGGAUCAAGUUUGGUCACCUAAACUUGAAACAAUUACGGAAUACAAGGUUAGGUUUUCACCAUGUAGGUUCAUAGAAUGGAAAGAAAAAGAGAAGCCAAUCGAAUUGUUUACUAGUAGAAUAUAAUUGAAUUUAGAUUGUUAUAUACUAAUUGUUAAUUAUAUUAUAUAUAUAUAUAUAAAUAUAGUUGAAAUGUAUACAUUAUUGAUUGUGUCCAA